AUGAUUUCUAAUUAAGAACCGUAAUAAAUCAAGGUUGUUGUAAUUGGUGAUAGUAGUGUUGGCAAGACUUCAAUACUUUUAACGUAAAUUUAUAUAAUAAACUUAGUUAUACAUAAGAUAGAUUUCCAAUUGAUUAUGUACCUACUGUCUUUGAAAAUUAUUCAAAUGUUAUAAGUGUAGACAAUACCUAAGUUUAAUUAACCUUGUGGUAUUAAAUCAAAUAUCUAGGGAUACAGCAGGUUAAGAAUCUUAUGAAAGAUUAAGAAUGAUAAGUUAUUAAGCAGCAAAUGCAUUUGUUAUUGUCUUUUCUGUAAUAGACUUAUAAAGUUUUGAAAAUAUUUGGAUUAAAUGGUUACCAGAAUUAUAAAAAGCAGGCAAAGAUCGUUUACCUAAGAUUAUUAUCGGUAAUAAAUGUGAUAAACUUAAUGAUUCUUUAAAAUUCUAAGUGUUUUGGGAAAAAUGUGAAUUAGAAAAUAUAAGAUUUAUUGAAUGUAGUGCCUUCCAAAAUAAAAACAUUAAAAAUGUCUUUGAAGAAAUUGUUAGUAUAACUAUUAGAGAACAAAUGCUUCAAACUGUUCUAAGAUCUAAAAGAAGAUAAGAAACUAUUUAAAAAUAAUAGAAAUCAUUCUGUCAAUUACUAUGA